GACAAAUGUCGUUUUCAAAUAUAUUUUUUUAAAUAGGGGUUUAAAAAAUUAUAAUGUCUCGAAAAACAACAAAGUCGCCAAAAGGAAAAUUAAAUGAAACCAUUGAUUUCUCUCAAAUUGGGGGUCUUAAUAAUCAUUUAAAAACACUUCGUGAAAUUAUUAUUUUACCACUUUUACACAGUAAUGUCUUCGAUUUUUUCGAUAUUCGAGCGCCUCGUGGAGUACUCUUUUAUGGACCUCCAGGUACAGGAAAAACUCUAGUAGCUGGAGCUCUAGCAACUGAAUUAAAUAAAGAAGGUUUUGGAAAAGUACAUUUUUACCAUAGAAAAAGCGUCGACAUAGUAGAAAAAUAUCUUGGAGAAUCUGAAAAGAACUUGAGAGAAUUGUUUGAGAAGGCCAGCAAAAACCGCCCAUCAAUAAUAUUUUUUGAUGAAAUCGAUGGCCUAGCUCCGAUUAGAUCCCAGAAGAAUGACCAAAUAUAUAGUAGUAUCGUUGCCACCUUAUUAGCCCUUAUGGACGGGUUAGACAAUAAGCCCGGUAUUGUUGUUAUGGGCGCUACUAACAGGAUCGAAGCGGUUGAUCAAGCUUUGAGGAGGCCUGGCAGAUUUGACAGGGAACUGUAUUUUCCAUUGCCUACCAUGGAAGGCAGAAAAGAAAUUAUUCAAGUGCACACGUCAACUUGGAAACACCAACCAUCCAGGGAGUUAAUUGAUCACAUAGCAGAUGCCACCUCGGGAUUUUGUGGGUCGGACAUUGCCGCACUCUGUUCCGAAGCCGUUCUCUGUUGCAUGAAGAGAAUAUGUCCGAAUAUAGAGAGUCGGAGGAAAAAGACGAUUGACUUGGACAGUUUAAAGGUAGUCGAAUCUGACUUUAUGGAUGCGAAACAAAAAAUUCUUCCCUCAGGGUCGAGAUUCGGUGGCAGAAUCCGAACUCUAAAUUCAAUAGUAAAACCACUCAUGCAAAAACAACUUGAUAACAUAUUAACAAUUAUCAAGCAUAUGUGGCCAUACUUCUUGGACGAAAAUUUCAAGUACAACAUUGGGAAUGAACGAUAUGCUGGGAGAUUGCUACUAAUUGGAUCAAACAACGAAGGGUUGCCUUAUUUAAUAUCGGCAUUGAUUCAAACCUUUGAACAUUUGCCGGCACAAGUUUUGGAUUUGCCAACUUUUUUAGAACGUAAUAGGUUUCUUCAAGCUAACUAUCCUUCGUUAAUUGUUUUACAAAGAGUUGAUGAAUGGUUAUCGCAAGUCAACGAAUAUGAACAACACAUCAUCAGUUUUCUAGUUAGUAACCUAGAAAAGUUACAUAAUAAUUUGCCUAUUUUGACUAUAGCCACAUGCAAAAAAAAUUUACCUCGCAAACUGUAUGAUUUUUUCUACAAGAAAGUCAGCAUUGGUAUAGGAAUUAGACAUUCUAGUAACGAGGAAAGGGAAACAUUUUUUGUACCUUUGUUUUUUGAUUCCAAUAUGAGUAGCUUAUGUACGAUUUUAGACCAAGAGCAUUCAAAAAUUGUUAUGAACUCCGAUGAACUGAACCCCUUAAAUGAGAACGGUAAAAGACGGUGUGAAAUAGAAAACAUGGAAGUGGUCAACAAAAGAAUAAAAACUUGUGAAAAUAUGUAUUCAGUCGUAACUUCUCACAGUUCUUCUUCUGGUAUUUUACCUAAAAUUGAUAAAGAGAUUAAAAAAGAACAUAUUGAUCAAUUUGACUGUAAAACUGGCUUAUACAAAAAAAGCAAAAAACAUUUUAAUUCAAUUUUGGCCGACCUUUUAUGUGAAAAAUCGCGGAGUUUAAUAAUUUCGAAGACUUGUCCAGAUAAUGGUAACAGUUCUAAGGAACCGGAAACAUCCACCAUUGAAAAUCCAACACCUGAGUCUUACGAGAAAAAUAUGAAGAAAAUCUAUUGUUUAUGGAAGAGGAUCGCUCUGGUUACAUCAAACAAUAUGUCGGUAACCGAAUUAGAAUUACUUUAUGAUAUAAUUUCUGUCUGUAUUAAUAUGUACCAACAUUCGUUUAAUCAAUUAGUAGAGAAAAUAGAAGAAGUUGUUGUAAAAAUUGAACAAUGAAAAGUGAAAUUAUCGGGAUCAUAAAGAUGGUUUUCUUUUUGGCGAACAUAUUUGGGAACAUAUUAUUAUAUUUGAAUCAGUUUAAAUUUUAGUAAAUCUUAAAAAAAAUUACAAAUUAAAAGUGAUAUUAAUAUGAUUAUUUAAAACAAAAUACUUAAUUAUGUAUGUUGUCACAAUAAACAUAAUUUUAGCAACA